AUAGGAAGUGAUUCUUAGAAUACCUUUUUUAAUACAGUACAUAUCCAUAACAUUAUGUCUUAUUUGACACCUCUUUCAACAAUUGAGUUAAAUCUGAGACAAACGACAGACAAACAACUAUCGGAAGAAAAACUUUCAAUGUCUCCGUUGACCAAAAAGUUGCCGAAAUGGCUUAUAGAGUUUGAGAGCUUCUCUAUCAGUGAUCCCAAAAUGAAGAUCGAAACCAAUACUCGACCGCUAACUGAGAGUAGUGUCGGUCAAAGACCGCAAUGGUUUCAAGAAUUGGCUCAACAAAGGAGAUCCAGUGAAGUGUUCACUGCUAUCGAAACCAACGGUGACUUAUUCUCUGUAACCAAUGAAAAGUCAGAUUUGUCUCCAUUUAAUGAAACCAUCAAAAGAAGAAGGAAUUCACACAUUGAAGACAACAAACAUCUCAUCGACGAUCAUAUUAUUGCCAAAAGUUAUGUUUCGAUUCCAAAAGAGAUGCAAAACUAUUCCGAACCACAAAUUAUAAGAAAGGGUUUUGAAAAUACAUUCAAAUCAUGUGAUAAUUUACUCUUUGAAAUGGAAGAUAAUUUCAUGGAUUUUAUUAUUCCUGAACUUCCAUUCGGACAGCAAUUAGUCUUCGAGAUCAUCAAUAAUUGGGGCGACGAAGACUUCGUUGGACUCAAUGGUAUCGAAAUAAUAGACUUAAACGGAUCUAAUUUUAAGAUCAAUAAGACAAUACUCUUCACAACGAGUGAAGAUGUCUUAGAGUCAGUGGCGGUGAGAGACCACUCAUUCCAAGAAUUGGUUAAUGAAAUCAUUCCUCUGACACAACAUUAA